AUGUCAGGUACAGAGAUAUCCCCCAAAUGUACAGUACAGAUAUCCCCCAAAUGUCAGGAACAGUACAGAUAUCCCCCAAAUGUCAGAACAGUACAGAUAUCCCCCAAAUACAGUAACAGAUAUCAAAUGUAGGACAGUACAGAUAUCCCCCAAAUGUCAGGACAGUACAGAUAUCCCCCAAAUGGACAGUACAGAUAUCCCCCAAAUGUCAGGACAGUACAGAUAUCCCCCAAAUGUCAGGACAGUACAGAUAUCCCCCAAAUGUCAGGACAGUACAGAUAUCCCCCAAAUGUCAGGACAGUACAGAUAUCCCCCAAAUGUCAGGACAGUACAGAUAUCCCCCAAAUGUCAG